AUGGCCGACCCAACACCUCCGAAACCCGCCUCAGCACGGCCACCCAUGGUGACCCUCAUCUUCACAGCCAUAUUCCUCCUCUUCUCCGCCGCAGGGUUCUCCUUCAUACGUAUCCAACCAGGCCACACCCCUUUCGUAAACAAUCUCGCCAAGCUGGUCGAGGCGGGCAAACUCCAGGACGGCUCCUCGCGCCUCUGUACCACCUACACCGGCCUCCAUGCCAUCGACGUGCCGCCGUCGUUCCUCGUCGCGUCCUUCGCCCAGGGCCCGCUGCGUUUAGAUCAGGCGGCGAGGCUGCAGCAGAUCCAUUUCCUGCCCAACUUUCUUCCCCGUUGUGUUCACGCCGCGUGGGCAGCUCUGUACCGAACCAUCGGAGGCGGCGUCAUAAUCCCACUCUACCACCUUGCCUACACCCUCAUCUCAACAAAGCAGAGCUACCUCGUCUCCGGCGGCGAAGUGCCUCUCCCCUUCGCAAAGGCCCUCUUGCCCGGCAGCCCUACUCAUCUAAGUCGGGACAACCGUCGCAAUCAACCCCUCCUCGUCAACGCCGGUAUUUGGCCCCUAGCAUGCACGUUGUACAAGAAACCGAGCUCCCCAAACCAGUACGGGAAGCCUAUGGUACCGAGUAGUACUCGCCGUCUGAACCCCGGAGCCCUCCACCGUACCUAUAACGCCACCAUGGUCGUAUCAGCAGCGUCACACUUCUACAUCACCUCCACAAACCCAACCCUGACCUUCAUCAACAUCUUCUUACCCACAAAUGCCAUCUCAAUGGGCACCGUGUCCAUGGGCCUCCACCAGAUCUUCCAAUAA